AUGAGGUUCACCACCCCCCCUCUGCGCCCGCGGGUGAUCAGGGAGCAAGGCGCUGCUCUGGCGCUGCCUCUGGCGCUGGACGGCCGCCCAGGCGACGCCAUUGUCUGCGCAGCCCGACGUCAGCGUCUCACCCCGAGCGUCUCACCCCGAGCCCGCCGUGCCGUGCAACAGCCCGCCGUGCCACAGCCCGCCUCCGUUUCUGCGUGUUUCACGCUCGGCAACCGCGCUCUGCGUUCGCUGGUGCUGCACGCCGCCGCCGCUGAUUCGCCGCGCCCGUCUGCCUUGGCACCGCCAGUCGACACGAUCCUCGCCUCUGCCCUGACCGCCUUCUCCGCCUGCUUUGGGCGCCCCUACACCUGGCCCGACCCUGUCCGCUCGCCUCAGUUGCUCCUGCUGCGAACUGCUGCACUGCUGCACCGCUGCGUCUGCUGCUCCCGCUGCACCCGCCUGCUGCUGCUCGCCCGCCCACCAGUCUCGGCCUGGCCCUCGCUGCCAUCCUGCGCCCCCGCCAUUCGACCCUUCUUCGACCAUCCGCCCCAGAGCCCACCCAGCACCGUCUCCACCCACGUCGCACAGCGCCCUCCCACCGCGUCCUCCCACCGCGCCCUGCUUCCGCGCCCGCCCACGAACGCCGCCUCGCUCCAGCCGUCGCUGCCCCGCGUGUCGACUCAAAGAGCAGUCUGUGCCACCGCCGCCGCCCUCGCCAGCCGUGCUCUGCCCGCCGCCCUCCGCUGCGCGCGCGCCUCCUCUCGACCUCUCGACGCCUCGACGCCGUGCUCUGCGUUGUUGUGGCAGCCUGUCCGCCGCCCGCCGCCCGCCGUCUCCGUCCCUGUCGCCACCCUCACCCGAGCGCCAAAGCCACGAGCGCCAAAGCACCCUGCACCGAGCGCCUCCUAG